CGCUGAUUAAAUAAGCCAAUUACAGAAGAGGUAUUUUCCCCCUCGGGGGGAGUAGAUGUUGCUAACAAAAUUUAGCGCGGGGAAGGGGGGAAGACUCCCUCUAGUAGUAAUUGCUCGGAGAUUUGUUUGACAUUAUUGAGUGUUAUUGUUAUGAUUUAAAAUGAUUACUUUUUAUUUAUUAAUAAUGUAACGUUUAAUAGGUGUUAAUGGCUUUACAAAUACCCUUUAAGAGAUGUAUAUUUCACUGUUUAAGAAUAAAUACCCUUACCGGUAUAAAUAGUUUAAGAUAUAAAAACAAUUUUCAUGACCGAAUGUUGACGAUGGAAGAAGAUUCUUUGGAUGAAUUUACAACACAGUUAUUACAAAAGAAAAUAGAAAAGUGGAGCGCUCGAAAAACUGUUCCUAAAAUUUCAGUAGAUAUUAAGCAAGUUGACGACCCUACACACAAUAUAUCAGAUUUGGGUAUUGAUAAAAUAAAUAACCUUUUUCAUGAAGCAAUUGAAUACAAUGACAACAGUCAAAUUUUAGAACUUAUUGAACAAUGUAUAUCAAUCAAAGUGUGCCCUUCGACAUCAAACAUUCUUUACACUCUCACAGUAUGUUCACAAAGUGGAAACAUUAUUUCAAUAAGAAAUAUUGAAAAACUAUGUAGACAACAAUGCCCAGAAGUUCUUGCUAUGAAUUCAAACUUCCGUCAUUUUGUAGCUGAAGCUAUUUGGGUUAAAGGAAAUACUAAUGAAGCUUUAAUUCUUUUUAGAGAAGUCUACAAAGAAAAUACAUUUUUAAGGCGUAAAAUAAGACUAAUGUUGAAAAAUUUAAUUGUAGGUGUUGUUGCUAAUAGAAGUGAAGUUAUUCUUCAUAAUACCAUGAAAUUUGCUGAGGAAUUGGCAAAAGAAUAUAAAGAUUUUUAUCCUUUGGCAUGCAUAUGGCAGACAUGCUUUUUAAGUGAAUGGUUUACUGAUCAAUGUUUGGCACUGGAUUUGUUAAAUAAAUAUAAUGAGCUUUUCAAAGCUGUGGUUCAUAGAAUACCAUAUGUAGUGGCUGUGUCUUUGCAUAACCAUCAGGCUGAAGUUGUGUAUAGGUUACUGGAAAUUUUGUUAAAAUUUGAAAUGAAGUCACAAUAUGUUGGAGUAUUAUUAGCACUUUUGGACUACCAAAUACACCAAAAAAAUAUCAGAAGAUGUGUUGAAAUUGUAAGAUGGUCAGAACAAAAUGACAUUGAGUUACUUCCAAUUCACCACCAAAAAUAUUUGAAAUUAUUGCUCAGCUAUAAAGAUGACAUUCUGGAUAUAAAGAAUAAGAAACCCAUCAAACCACCCAGAUUGAAGACUCAUUUCAAGUUUUAAUUGAUUUAGGAUGAAGGUAGUUAGUACAAAGAUUAUUAAAAUAAAUAGUUAAUAAAAAUAAAUUAUUUAUUUAUAUCACGAUUACAUGUGUGUAGUUUCAAUAACAGCAGUCUUAUAAUCACCUUGCCGAUCAAUUUUUUUGUUAAUACAAUUUUUAUUCUU